CAAAGGGCUCACCUUUCCUGAGCUGGAACAGCCAGAGUGGCUGGAAAAGCUACACUUCAUGGUAGACAUGACAGCGCACCUGAACACGCUGAACACAGCUCUUCAGGGGAAAGGACGUACAGCCCUGCACAUGUUGGAGGAUGUUUUGGCAUUCGAGCGCAAGUUGACAGUGCUUGCCAGAGAUUUACAGAAAGGCACUUUGUCUCACUUCCCCAAUUUGAGAGAGUUCAAACAAGGUCACGACAUGAUAAUUUCGGAGUAUUUACAUUCUGCAAUCAUCGCAAUGCAAACAUCGUUUGGGAAACGCUUCUGUGAGUUCAGAGAGGAAAAAAACACAUUAUCCUUCCCGGUCACUCCCUUAAGCAUCGAUCCUUCCCUACUGAAUACGACUGCAUUGGCAGGUGUGAGUCAACCUGAUCUUGAGAUGGAACUGGCCGACAUAGCCGACAAAGACAUAUGGGUGUCCAAGUUUAGACGCUUGACAGCAGACCUUGAAGAUGUUGCCCGUCAGAAGGCCGUUCUUGCUCAGAAACACAAAUGGAGAGAUAUUGAAAACCUCACAGAUGACAGCUUGCGAUCCUGUGUAAAGAUGAAGGUGACAUCAUACAGCCCUGAUGUGCAGACGCUGUGCGCUGAGGUCCAGGAGCAGAAAUCCCAUUAACCAAGAUGACAGCUGGCUGACGUUAUUUUUGGUUUGCUGCUGGCGGAAAAUUUAAGUUCGGCGUUUUUCAUAAAUACAAGAAGGACUCAAAUAGACAUUGAAUAUUUUACUUAAAAGUAACUUUCAACCCAACGUCUUUUUUUCGGAGUUCAAAAUGUUUUUGUUGCAUGCAGAAAUGUAAUUUCGUUUUCUCUGCAGGAGUUCAUCAAUUUCAUAAAUGCAACACAUUAUAGUUUGUUUAUACAUAGCAUAAAGGCAAAAAAAACGUUGUAUGCAGUGUUAUUUCAUUUUAAAUGUCAAACGGGUUUUGCGGCUCCCAGUGUUUUCUUUUCUGUGGGAAACGGGUCCAAG